AUGGUUCGUUUUCGUCAAGCAAACAGAGAAGAACCAAAACCCCUCUAUCCACCAUUGUAUUUCUCAAGGAACCCUUUGUUUAUUUGCUUUUGCAAGACUACAUUCUGCGUAAGAGAACCCUUUCCCGUAGCUCUGAGUGACAGUGGUCUCCAAAGGUAUUGGAAGGAUCAGAACAUAAGCAAUCCUCAGAUCAUUUCAGUUUCUUUAGAAGUCGCUGUUUUCACAUUUUUGGAUGUUUCUGUAAAACGAAAUGCAAGCAAGUAUAACAGAGCCCAAACCGAACUGCCAUCAUCCACAAAAGUCUAUUGCUGCUUCAUGCACAACAUUAGUGUUGGGAACGGGAUUGUUAAGAAGGAAGAGAUAGUGAUGGAUGAAGGAAAAAAGAUGAAAAAGAAUGUUAAGGAACUGAAGAAUAAAACAGCAGAUGAAGCUCUCAACGACGUGUAA